AUGAAAGGUCUCCAAUGUCUUCAGGAGCUCCGGCCCACCAUUACCGAAGUCCUCAAUAUCUCUGGGGCCGCUGGUGCUUCUAUUGGAGUUAUACAAGGAAAUGAAGUCUAUACUGCAGCGUUCGGAAAUCGUGACCUCCUAAGUGGCCUUGAACCGGACGAGAACACCAUAUAUCACCUCGCGUCAUUGUCGAAGAGCUUCACAGCAGCUGGAAUCGGCAUUCUUGUGGAUGACAACAAGCUUAGCUGGGACCAAAAGAUACAAAAGGAGAGCACGGUCAUGGACUUCCUGUCACACCGGACGGGCUUGGCAACUAAGAAUGCCCUAUGGAAACAGGAUGGGCCUGAGCUUUUACUAGAGCAAGGGGAUACGAUCGCAUUGACAUCCUACCUCGAGGUCGUGGAGCCCUUUCGCUCCAAGUGGCUGUAUAACAACUGGGGCUACGACAUCGGUUCGCACAUCACUGAGCAAGCCUCCCAAAUGUCGUGGGGCUCCUUCUUGCGUGAACGAAUUCUGACUCCUCUGGGAUUGAACAAUACGCAUACCUCUGUCGAUGUGCCUGAUGAGAACUACGCGAGGGGAUAUAUGCCGGACCUGUAUGGCCGGCUUACAGAUGUAGGGCGGCCGAUGAUUGGGGAGGGAACAGUCCAACAGGGGUCGAAUGGUGUGAAAAGUACUGUGUCGGACUUGCUCAAAUAUUAUAAAGCCAUUCUCGGCGCCUGGAAGGCAGAGACGACUGCAACCCCGUCAUCAUCGCCCCUGAAGAACGUCCGGGACCUAUUGACAGGACAAAUUCCGCUGGAUCCAGAUUCCAAGGCCGGGCAAUGGUACGGGCCGGGCUGGGCCAUUGCAGAGCUACCAGCGCCGUUGCGAGCCAUGGGAACCAACCCGAUGUUCGUGUCUGCUAUGCCUCUUGUGGGUAAAGGCACCGCGAAGAAACAGAUUGUCUGGUACCAUAACGGUAGCCUGGUCGGCCUCUUCAGCUCUGUCCACAUUCUUCCAGAGAGUGACACGAUCAUCGUCGUUCUAGGCCUUCAAGGAUGA